GUGAUUUAUAAUUGUUAAUUGACUCUCAGAAUGAAUAAAUUAAUUAAUACAUUAAUUUUUGGAAUAAUAUUUUAUUGUAGUGUUGUUGACACAGAAGUUGUACAAGUUUCAGAGAGUGAUUUGCCACUAUUUCAAAGAAAAGUCCAAGCACGAAUUGUCGGUGGAACGCGAUCAGGUCACAAUCAAUUUCCUUAUACAGUGUCAAUUCGUGCUUAUAAUGGAAGUUCAACAUCGUUUUGUGGUGGAUCUAUGAUAUCAAGUACUUAUAUAUUAACAGCAGCACAUUGUACGCGUGGAUUUCAUGACUUUGAAAUUGGACUCGGUUCCAUUGUUUUAAAUACACCAGCAACAAAAAUUUUUACUUAUGGUGGAGCUAUUGAACAUCCAGAAUUUAAUCCAAGUAACUUAAAUAAUGACAUCGCUUUAAUUAAAGUCCCAAUAAUACCAAGUAACAUUCCAUCAGUCACAUUAGUUUUACUUCCAAGAUAUUCUCAAGCUGAAAAGUCAUUCGUUGGAGCACAAGCAACAGUUUCUGGAUUUGGCAGAACUUCAGACACAUCCAACAAUGUCUCACCAUUUAUGGAAUAUGUUACAUUAAAAGUCAUACAUAAUAAGGAAUGCUUUGAUUUAUAUGGAAAGAGAAUUGUUACUGAUAAUGUUCUAUGUGCUAAGGGAAUUGAUAAGAUGUAUAAUGCAUGUUUAGGAGACUCUGGAGGUCCCUUAGUAGCAAAAGAUGGAGGAAUACAUGUUCAGAUUGGCAUUGUAUCAUUUGUUAGUUCCAGAGGAUGUGCUGAAGGAGAUCCAUCUGGCUACACCCGUGUCUCUAAAUACCUCAAAUGGAUUUCAAGCAAAACAGGAAUCAGAAUUCGUGAUUAAAUAAAGUUCUUUACUGAAAAAAAGUGUCUCAAAAAGAAAUGUACAAAUGUGCUUUACAAAUGUGAUAACAAAAUGAAACGUCAAAAAUUGUUUUGAAACAAUAAACAUGAUGCUUUUAUUUCUUUUUGUCUCGAA